AACUAGCAAAUACAAUUUCCCCGGUAAUCAUGAAAACAAUGACCAGCACUCGUUUCCCUCUGGCUCUAAUAGCAGUGGCGGCGUUCCUGGCGUUGAUGACGUGCCUGCUCCGGCCAGCUUCGGCGGAGAGCGGCCAUGCCGCGGACCGCAUAGUCGGCCUUCCGGGACAGCCGGCGGUGGACAUCGCCAUGUACUCGGGUUACAUCACGGUGGACAAGCGCGCUGGACGGGCGCUCUUCUAUCUGCUGCAGGAAGCGCCCGACGAGGCCCAGCCGGCGCCGCUCGUGCUCUGGCUGAAUGGCGGACCCGGGUGUUCCUCCGUCGCGUUCGGCGCGUCGGAGGAGCUCGGCGCGUUCCGCGUCAGCCCAAAUGGCGCCAGCCUCGUCUUGAACGAGUACCGCUGGAACAAAGUGGCAAACAUCUUGUUCUUGGACUCGCCGGCCGGAGUUGGGUUCUCGUACAGCAACACCACCUCCGACCUCCUCACCCCUGGAGACAACAGAACAGCUCAUGACUCGUACACGUUCCUGACGGAAUGGUUCGAGAAGUUCCCGCAUUACAAGUACCGCGACUUCUACAUCACCGGCGAGAGCUACGCAGGGCACUACGUCCCGGAGCUAUCGCAGCUCGUCCACCGGGGAAACAAAGGCGUCGAGAGACCCAUCAUCAACCUCAAAGGCUUCAUGGUCGGGAACGCCGUGACCGACGCCUACAACGACUACGUGGGCACGUUCGAGUUCUGGUGGAACCACGGGCUGAUCUCCGACGACACCUACCGCCUCCUCAAGGACUCCUGCCUGCACGACGCCUUCGUGCACCUCUCGCCGGCGUGCCUGGCCGCGUUCCGGGCCUCGAGUGAGGAGCAGGGAAACAUCGACGCGUACAGCAUCUACACGCCAACCUGCAACACAAACGCAAGUGCACUGCCCACGCCGUCGUCCGUCGUCAGCCGACGGCAACACCCCAAGGGACGCUACCCAUGGAUGACGGGUGGAUCGUAUGACCCGUGCACCGAACGCUACUCCACGGCGUACUACAACCGGCCGGAGGUGCAGAAGGCUCUCCACGCGAACGUCACCGGCAUAAACUACGCUUGGGCGGCCUGCAGUGACACCAUCAAUGGCAACUGGAGUGAUUCUCCGAGAUCCAUGCUUUCUAUCUACAAGGAGAUUAUUCAAGCUGGCCUAAGGAUAUGGGUCUUCAGCGGAGAUACGGACUCAGUUGUUCCCUCGACAGCAACAAGAUACUCUAUCGAUGCUCUAGUUCUUCCGACUACUACUGAUUGGUACCCCUGGUAUGAUGACAACCAAGAGGUAGGGGGUUGGAGCCAGGUAUACGAGGGCCUGACGCUGGUGACCGUCCGGGGCGCCGGGCAUGAGGUUGCCCUGCACCGCCCACGGCAAGCUCUCAUACUCUUUCAGAACUUCCUGCAGGGCAAGCCCAUGCCAGGCCAGACGACAAAUGGAACUGUGGCUUGACAAUUUCCUGUAAUUUGGAUGUCGUAAUAAAGUGUGUGAGGAGCACCAAAACUGAGCAAUAAAACAAUGGAUAUUUCCUAAUCAGUGUUCCGGGAUA